GUCCCGCCACCUGCAUCUCCGUCUAUCCGUGUCACCUUCCGCCGGACCGCGCCACCACGAAUCAUUCUUCUAUCCCAGACGCCACCGUCGCCUGCCUCUCUUCUGUGCUGGCGCCAGGGCUCGGAUGAUGUCUUCGUGUCUCGAGCAUCAUGUUUUUACUGCGAGGACUGGUUUGUCUGCGAGACUCGUGCAAGCAGAUGUUGUGAACACUCUUCGUAAAGCUGAUUGGCAGCGAGCAUCCAUUAUGCUAUUGAAUCUUCAGCAAACCAAGGAAGCAUUAACUUCGCAAGAUUUUUUUCUACAUGUUGGAGUACUGUGCAGAAGCACCUGGUCCUUUGGUAAAAUCUACUGCCGGAUGCAUAUUUUACCGAAAGCAUGGAGUUUGCUAUAGUCAUUUUGGGCAGUUCGUUUUUUUCCGGAUCUUUUCCCAUGUGUAUAGUUUGCUAUGGAGAUGUUGGACAUCGUUGAGAAGAAGGCCAUGGAUGUAAAGGCAAUUACAGAUCUGUCACUCGAGCACUCACUGAAGGAGGGUAUUGCAAUGAGUUUUGCAGAGAAAUUUGUCUGCUAGGUAUUAUAGUCCAAGCAUUAUUACUAUGAGGAAAUUUCGUGAAGGCUUUCUCUACAUUAGGUGACCUUGAAUCUGCAGUGUAUGGUCAUAUCUUGCAGCGUAUGGUAGUCCUUGCUGGAGAAGGCACUGACCAUCCGAGAGUGUCUUCCAAAAGGAGAUGCCAAUCAAAAAGAUUAGACAUUCCUGUACCUGCUUUCAAUGGAGUGGAAGAUCUCAAACUUGUAUCAGACUAUGAUCUGCCAUCGUCAUUUCAAGGAAAGAUGGGAACCGUUCCAGGUGGAAACUAAAUCAUCAAAACAUAAGCAAGUCAUUUAUUUCUGCUGGUGACAAUCUUGCUGACAAUUCUGGACUAGGCAGUGGGAGGGUGACAAAGACAUUGAGUUUUGCACCAGUUGCAGUAAAGAACAUCUUGCGAUGGACUUUCAAUGAUAUCUACAUAUGUGCGUGCAACUUGACAACUGCCAGUUGUCUGAGCAAUUAUUUCUAGAGGUAACACAUAUGUAUGGUUUUGUUAGCUUAAGGUAUAUUUUGGUUUGCCAUCUUUCUGCUAACUUAUGCCUUCACCUAAGCACUUCCGUUAGUAUGUUAUAUUUUAGGAAACUUUGCCAGCAGCCACAGUUAUUUUCCAGCGUUUGCCAAAACACACCACCCUAUUGUGCCUUUGCCAGGUAUCAUUGAAAUGCUGUGGACUCCUUAUAACCCAAAACAGAAUGUUUCACUUUUCUCCGUGAAGUUACCAGUUCUGUCUUCGAAGCGUUUUCUUCUCCAGCAAACUCUAGAGACGAAGGGGAGGGUGCCGUGGUAUCGAAGACAGAUAAGCCGUAGAGGGUACCUCACGGUGGAGAGAGAGAGAGAGAGAGAGAGAGAGAGAGAGAGAGAGAGGUGUUACCCGGCGAUCCACUGCGGUUACAGCGAGGUUGAUUCUCUGCCCUAAAGGGGCUGUCCCUGGACCGACUUAUAAAGGUGCUGGUCCUAGGGUUACAGUAAAGUCCUAACCGACUAAAGGCAGAGUCCUACACCGAUACAUGAUUCGGGUGUACGGUCCAAGUCUGUGGGCUUCAUCCGGAUUCGGCUUGGGCUUCGUGAAGCCAGUUAGGCCUUUGUCUUGGACCCGGGCGGAUGUGCUUUACGAGGAACCCCCGCAUCAACGAGAACCCUAGCGGGCGCCGUCCUCCAUCUUGCUCGCCGCGGUUGCCGUUCUUCAUCUCGCUGGCCGCGGGUGCCGUCCUCCGCUGCGGCCCCAACACCUUCUCUACGUUGUCUCUGUCCUGCGUCGCCGGCCAGGCCCCAACGGCGACCGGCGUGGCAAGGUGCCGCGCCGGCGCCACCCAGUGAGGAGCCUGGGCCCUGUAGCCUGCGUUCUCGUCCGCACUCACCAUGUCGCGCUGGACCAUGUCACCAGCGCCCUCCAGUUACAUGAAAGAAAUCGUAUCUGAAGAUCCAGCAAGCAGCAUGCCUCUAUUCCCGGUGCUGGCAAGGUCUGAGAAUGGCACCGCUGCCAACCAGUUCCACGUGCUCAACUCUAGCAGCGGCGGCUCUGUCAGACAGGCGAACGACGCCCCGAAGUUGGGCCGUUCGGCGCCGGUGCACGCCAUGACCACUUACAGCCCUCCGGCCACCGGCUGGGCUUCAGCGACGGCAGUGGCCCUGCGUCCUCCGUUCGGAGCUGUGACGUCACCGAUGCAACAGACGCCCCCGGCGCACCUGCUGCAGCAGCUCAUGAUCUUAGCGGGGUCUUCUUCGCGGGCGCCGUGGAUGCAGAGCUACAUGCAGGCAGGCCAGCCACCAUCGUUAUUCUCCCCUCCAGGAGAGCCUGUGGUAUGCUCUGCUUCUCCACAGAUACCGGCAGCUAGCUCUGGCGCCGUCCAUGGCGCCAUCUCCGCUGUACAGAGCGAUGCCAGCGGCAGCCACUUCAAUCCCAUGGACAUCGGUGCCGGCCGUGCCAUCGCAGCCAUACAAAGUGACGCCGGCGGAAUUCACAGUAGUCCCUGGGGCACCGGCGCCGGUCGUGGCGCUGUCACAACUGUAAAGCGACGCUGGUGGAAACCACAGUAA